AUGCAGUUUCAAUAUGGAUCGAAUCUCCCAAGAGAUAACCUUCGAUACAACAGCAAUAAGUACAGACCAGAACCUCAUAUUAAAGUACGAAGGAUUGAACCACAGCCAUUCUGUUUAUCAAAUUUCAAUUUGGAGCAAAGAGAAAGUUUAGAAAGAUUUGCACGAUCAUGCUAUAGCCUUUCUAGACUUAGGAAUGAUGAAGAUAAUAGAGAACAAAUUCUUAGUCCUAAACAUUUCGAUGAUAGCUUUCCAGUUAAACCAAAACACUAUAAAUCCCAAAUCCCUUCUUUUGCACUUACAUAUCACGAACGACUUAUGAAAGAAAUGCCCACGCUUUUCACUUCUAGUAAUUCCAGCUUCACAAGUAUAUCUGAAAAUAUAGUCGAACCUCCAAAAACGCCAAAGAAUAAUCAUAAGAGAAAGCGGAUACCCAAAAACAAUGAGAAUUUAGCUUCAACAUAUACAUUUGGCGAAAAGAAGGAACCCACUUCAGCAAGAUCUUUAAGAAGUCCUAGGAAAUUUAGAGCUCCAUCACAUUCUUAA